CCGCUUUUCCACUGUUGAAUGUAUAUUUUUAAAUGGCUUGUUCCUGUUUCAAUCCAAGUCUGUCAUCCGGGCCUUAAGGAGGUCCAGGUGGUGGCUUAGGCCUCGCCUACCUUUGCCGCCGCGGCAAUCUUUCUUUCGCGAGUCUCUUUGUAUCGGGGUCUGCGCACGAUGUCAUUCCGAAAGGCCACUUGGUUGAUUUAGGCACAUAUAGUUCCAUGCUAAUCAGGCCUUUAGGCUUCAACUCGGGUAUGUCGCCUAUAUUCAUGGUGCCCUCGAGGAAGAAUCCAGAUUUCGUCGGGAGAGAGGAGACAUUAAACCGGCUCGAGUCACUGCUACCUCCCGAUAGCGAAAGCCAACAGCGGGCCGCAUUGUAUGGACUCGGAGGAAAUGGGAAAACGACUAUUGCGAUCGAGUUUUGUCACCGAAGGCAGAAAGCGAAGCCAGACGGUCACAUUUUCUGGGUGCUCGGGGACUCGUACCAAAACUUCAAGAGCAGCUAUUUGGAGGUUGUCCGGGAAGCCAAUAUUAUUAUUGAUGGCAUCGACUUGGAGGAAGACCGUUUGAAGCAGGUCAAGAAAUGGUUGGACAGCGCUACCAGUGGUGACUGGAUUCUAAUCGUCGACAAUUUCGACAAUUUAGACCAUUUGGCCAACCACGACGAACCCGACUUGCGUCUAGCGAAAUACCUCCCGGUAAAGCGGGGUGCAAUUCUAUACACGACACGCGACGGCACCAUCGUUGGAAACUUUGUGCCGCGUGCCGCGGCAAUGCACAUUAGGGCAAUGAGUGAUGCCGAAGCAUUGAGAUUGUUCACAAAUCUUUCGCCUACCGACGAAGCGGCCGUUUCGAAAGAUACCAUCGAGCUCCUGAAUCAGUUGGACCACCUACCUUUGGCGAUCACGCAAGCGGCAGCGUAUAUACGAGAGACGGGGGUGGAAAUCUCAACCUACAUGAAGAUGUUCAAAGAAUGUGAGAACAACCAAGAGGAGCUUUUAAGCAAGGCUUUGCCAGUGCAGGAUGAAGACAGUCGGAGGCAUUGUUCGCGUGCGGUGAUGACUACCUGGAAACUCACCGUUGGAAAGAUCCGGAACCAAAGCCCUGAUUCUGUGCGACUACUGGAAAUCAUGAGCUUCCUGAGCCCGGACGACAUACCAAAAGGAUUACUGAGAGGCGUCCUAUCCGACAAAAGUGACGUACAGUUCAGUGCGGCCUUUGCACCGCUCCUAGCCUUCUCCCUAAUUGACCGUCUCAAAUCUUCAAAAUUCCGCUUGCAUCGUCUUGUGGGAUUAUGUAUCCGGAGAGAGAUAGCGGAAAUCCCACAACGGAGAGAUGAGCUUCUAGAGACGCUUUGUGGCUUGUUGUACGAUAGUUUCCCGCAGGACAUGCGCGGAAAUCACAACCAGUGUUCGCUGCUAGAAGUACAUGCAAUUACCGUACUGCUGCACACCUCGAACAGUGGUUCCCACAAGAAGUUUCAUUCAAGCAUGGGGCUACCGUAUUGUUUAGGGAGUUUUCUAGUAACGAACAACAGGGAUGCCGCAGGUGCUUUGACGUUGUUUCAGCAGGCGCUUGAUGGCUGUGAGAAGGCCCUCGGAAAAGACCACCCCGACACUCUCGCCACCGUCCACAGCAUUGCCAUCACUUAUGACAAUCAGGGAGAUUAUCACAAGGCGUUGGAGUGGUUCCAGCGUGCACUUGACGGCCGUGAGAAGGCCCUCGGAAAAGAUCACCACUACACCCUCGCCACCGUCCACAACAUGGCCAACACUUUUCAUCAACAGGGGGAUUAUCACAAGGCGUUGGAGUGGCUCCAGCGUGCACUUGACGGCCGUGAGAAGGCCCUCGGAAAAGACCACCCCGACACUCUCCACACCGUCCACACCAUGGCCAACACCUUUCUGGGGCAAGGAGAUUAUCACAAGGCGUUGGAGUGGUUCCAGCGUGCACUUGACGGCCGUGAGAAGGCCCUCGGAAAAGACCACCCCGACACCCUCGCCACCGUCCACAACAUGGCCAACACUUUUCAUCAACAGGGGGAUUAUCAAAAAUCGCUGGAGUUGUACCAGCGGGCACUAGACGGCUAUGAGAAGGCCCUCGGAAAAGACCACCCCGACACACUCAACACCGUCAACAACAUGGCCAACACUUUUCAUCAACAGGGGGAAUAUCACAAGGCGUUGGAGUGGUUCCAGCGUGCACUUGACGGCUAUGAGAAGGCCCUCGGAAAAGACCACCCCCACACUCUCGCCACCCUCGCCACGGUCAACAACAUGGCCUUAGCUUUUCGAGAGCAGGGAUAUUAUCACAAGGUUCUAGAGUGGUUCCAGUGGGUAUGCCGAGGUAUACUAAGACUUCUAAGAUGGAUGUACGCAUUGGUCGCAAAGAUGAUGGAUCUGCGUGGAGGGCGGUUGAGAGGCCCACAUCGAUCGGAUAGAAGGGAAGGCGGUCGGGGAGGGUCAGGGGAGGUGGAGGUGAAGAGUGAGGGGAAGCGGAGAAGAAGGGUGAGGGGAAGCGGAGAGGAAGGGUGAGGGAAGCCGGCGAGGAAGGGUGAGGGGAGACCGAGAGAAAGGGUGAGGGAAGGCGGAGAGAAAGGGUUAGGGUGGCGGUGAGGAAGUUGGAACGACGCCAAAAGGGAUAUUCAUGGCCCCAAUUUGUCUUCUAUGUACCUAUGUACC